CUCUUCUAGAAAUCUCUUGUGCAUUUUACGGUCCUACCUCGUGAAACUGAUGUAUCUGGUUUGAAUUUUGCCAUGGACGCAAUCCAUGGUAUAUACAACAGGCACUUUUUCACACGUUUCUGACUGUCAAGGCUGAGGCCUGAAGAUCCAGUGGCUGGUAUCUUUGCUUAUCCACACACAAAGCUCGAACUCUCGGCCGCGAAAAUGUCACACGCGCCGUGCCGAAACGCCGCCUCCUUCAAACCGCUCCUCCCCUCCCGCCUCCGGGCCAAGCCCCUCGCCGGCAUCUCCUCCUCCCCACGCCGCAACGUGUCCGCCUCCGCCGCCUCCUCCCAGUCCCGCCGCGACUUCCUCCUCCUCAUCCCCUCGCUCGCCGCCGCCUCCGCCAUCCUCCGGCCGCUCCCUUCCUCCGCCGCCGAUGGCGAGGCGCCUCCCACGGAUUCAUCCUCCCCCUCGCCGCCGUCUGCGGAGGAGGCGGGGGCGGUGGUGGAGGAGGUCGACGAGUCGGCGCUGUCGAGGGUGUACGAUGCCACGGUCAUCGGGGAGCCGGAGGCUGUGGGGAAGGACGCGAGGGGGCGGGUCUGGGAGAAGCUGACGGCCGCGAGGGUGGUGUACCUCGGCGAGGCCGAGCUCGUGCCCGACCCCGACGACCGCGUGCUCGAGCUCGAGAUCAUGAAGGGGCUCGCGACCCGGUGCGCGGAGGCCGAGCGGGGCGUGGCGGUCGCGCUCGAGGCGUUCCCCUGCGACCUCCAGCAGCAGCUCGACCAGUUCAUGGACGGAAGGAUUGAUGGUAGCAUCCUAAAGUUGUACACGUUGCACUGGCCACAAGACCGGUGGGAGGAGUAUGAACCUCUUCUGAAUUAUUGCCGUGAUAAUGGAAUUAAGCUUAUUGCUUGCGGAACUCCACUUGAGGUGAAAAGAACUGUCCAAGCAGAUGGGAUUAGAGGCCUUUCAAAGGCAGAAAGACAAGAAUAUGCCCCUCCAGCAGGCUCUGGCUUCAUCUCUGGCUUUUCAUCUAUCUCAGGCCGGUCAUUGAUAGACAAAAUUUCAUCAGCUCGUGAUUCUCCUUUUGGUCCUACCUCAUAUUUAUCAGCACAGGCAAGAGUAGUUGAUGAUUAUACCAUGUCACAAAUUAUUCUGAAAGAGCUUAAUGGCGGGGAUACUUCAAGGAUGCUAAUUGUUAUAACGGGUGCAAGCCAUGUUAUUUAUGGGUCACGAGGAAUCGGUGUUCCUGCCAGAGUAUCUAAAAAGAUGCCAAAGAAAGACCAAGUUGUUGUACUACUUGAUCCUGAGAGACAAAGCAUAAGGAGGGAAGGUGAAAUCCCGGUUGCUGACUUCUUAUGGUAUUCAGCAGCUAAACCUUGCAGUAGAAACUGCUUUGACCGUGCUGAAAUUGCACGAGUUAUGAAUGCUGCUGGUAGGAGACCUGAAGCUUUGCCUCAGGAUCUUCAGAAAGGAAUAGAUCUUGGUGUAGUUUCUCCUGAGAUACUGCAGAACUUUUUCGACCUUGAGAAAUACCCUGUUAUGUCUGAACUGAUUCACAGAUUCCAAGGUUUCCGUGAAAGAUUGCUGGCAGACCCCAAAUUCCUUCAAAGGUUGGCUAUUGAAGAAGCUAUAUCAAUAACGACCACUCUAUUAGCACAGUACGAAAGACGGAAAGGGCGAUUUUUCGAAGAAAUUGAUUAUGUACUCACCGAUACAAUUAGAGGCUCUGUGGUUGAUUUCUUUACAGUGUGGCUUCCUGCUCCUACUAUUUCAGUCCUUUCUUAUGCUGAUGAUGGUUCUGGUGAGAGUUUGGAGUUCGUCAAAGGCCUUUUAGGAUCAUUGCCAGAUAAUGCAUUCCAAAAGAAUGUAUUGGGUCAAAAUUGGAAUAUGAAGCAGAGAGUUGCAGCAGUGUUAGUUGGUGGUUUGAAACUUGCUAGCGUUGGGUUUAUUUCUAGUGUGGGGGCUGGAGCUUCCUCGGAUCUCCUGUAUGCUGCUCGAGGUGUGCUGAAAUCUUCAGUGAAUGCAGAAGCAGGACGGAAGAGAUCUCCUAUUUGGAAGUCAGCAGCUGUUUAUAGUUGCUUUCUUGGAACGUCAGCAAACUUGCGGUAUCAGAUCAUUGCUGGUUUAGUGGAGCAUCGGCUAGGAGAGAGUCUAGCUACUAGCUACAAUCAGCCACUUCUUGCUAGUUUGUUGUCCUUUGUGGCAAGGACAGUGAACUCAUACUGGGGAACACAGCAAUGGGUUGAUCUUGCGAGAUAUACUGGACUACAAAAAACCAAGGAAGUUCCUCCUGUUGAGGCCACAGCACCACCUGCUGAAACGUCACAGUUAGCCACACCGCCCGCUGAAACAUCACAGUUAGCCACACCACCCGCUGAAACAUCACAGUUAGAGGAUGGUAGAACAGAAGUACAAAAUUUGGAUGACAACAGCAACCAAUCAAGUGGUUGAACCUAGUGAUUUGGUUACUUCACAAUGCCUUCAAAGUACAUAACGAUAUAGCUAGGUUUGUAUCACAAUUCCUUAGAGUUAGGGAGUACAUCACUUGUUAACCCCCAACACAGUACAUGCAUGUACUGCUUGUGAUUUUAGAGUAAAAAUUGGAAGGGGGACACUUGCAGUCUUCUGAGGAUUGCAGCAACAACCGUUUUCUUCUCUGUAAUUCAAAACAGGUUGUAAUUUAGUAGGAUCGCAUACUGUAGAAAGUUUGGCAGGUUUGCCUGUUGCAAUAAAAUCUUUCCGCCUGCUA